AUGCUCCCUGUGUUGCUAACGUCUCGAACAGAACGGCCCCCGUCAGGUAUCAAACUGCUCCUUAGGGAUCCUAUCUCUUCCCUCAUCCGCUCCGCUUUCGGUGGCUCAAAGUUCCUCAAAGGCCAAACUGUAUCAAAGGCACUAUCGAAGACGGCCCUUGCCCUAUCUUCGCUAGGGAGAGCAGACACAUGGUCACGACUUGAGGUGAACGAACUGCACUCUCUUAAGGUUCCUAACAACCUCCAGUAA